AGAGUGCUCUACACUUGCUCUGCAUUAAACGACUUCAUUCUGUCUUCAAUGUCGCUUUGUGUAUAGUGACUACUUAUUGAUUUUUGCUAAUACAUAUUAUGCCUACUUGUGUUGUGGACCUAUAUUUUUGUUGAAAUUAAAAUUCUGCGGAAAAAUUGAGAAAGGACGAAAAUAUAACUUCCCUAAUAAGCUCCAGCCUAUAAUAUGGAGGUUCCCAACACAUGUGUUUUUGGAAAAGAAGGCACAAGGACAUGGAUGGCUAUGAAUGUAGACGAGGAAUAUCCGAUACCAAGUGUCAAUGCCAUCUUUUACAAGACAUAUGUAGUCUUGUAUCUAAUGAUUGCGAGGACAAUACCAGAUUUGCGGCUUCCAAGACAAUAUUAAUAAUCGCAACAGAAACACUCAGCAAGUGUAGGAUAAGUGCAUUGGACCAAUCAAAGGAUCCGGUGAGGCUAAACAUGCCAGAUCAGCAAAGGAACAACUAUCAACCGUAGCGUGAAUAUGGACAAUAAAGAGGUGAUGAAGAACAGCGGUAGCAGGGAAGAAGAAGAACAGAAGAGCAGGACAGAAGAGCAAAAAAAGAAUGGAAAGCUAGUAUGCCGAAGUCAGUCAGUUGGAUGGGAAAAUGCCAUGAAAUAUAGAAGAUAGGAAGUGUCACUUUGUCAAAUCAGAGUAGUCGACCGAAAUGGCUUAGGUUAAACUUUACGCUCAACAUAUUAAAAAUAAUUUAUCCUUCCGAGAAUAAACUGUUAUGAUACUCAAAAUUUCAUGUGUGUCUUAGUUCAUAUAAGUCUUACUUUGUAGCAAAUAUUUUUCGUCUGCAAGCAGCAGUCUGAAAGUUUUUUUUUGCCUCAAACGAUAAAAUGUAACAAUUGAAUAUUUAUUUCAAAUAUCGAGAUAUUAUGAAAAUCACAGGUUAUUUGCAGAAAUAUAAGAGUCCACAUAUCUCCAAACUGAUUUUCAGUUGAAAAAUAUAUGUGGCAAAUCACCAAAUCUUGGAGGAUUAGUAGCUUCAACUUCAAGAGGCUUCUCAUAUAGUCGUCCGGUUAAAAUACUCUCACAAAAGUCACAGAAGAAGUUCCAAAGUUCUUUCCACUCUCAGUCCCUUUAUAGACGCAGAGAACUUCCGUUCACGGAAAAAUCACAUUUUUGUAAAAUAACAUGGGAAACCCAGAGACACAAAAGGCCCUACAGCGUCCUGCAUCCCGCAACUUCAUUCUGUCUACAAUGUCGCUUUGUGUAUAGUGACUACAUAUUGAUUUUUGUCUAAUAUUACUUAUGUCUACUUGUGUUGUGGACCUAUAUUUUUUUUAAACUGAAAUUUUGUUGAGGUAAUAUUAUUUUUUUUCCUAAAUUCUAACAAAAAUCAAGUUUCAGAAAGGAUGAAAGUAAAACUUUCCAAAAAAGUUUCACCCGGUAACAUGGAGGUUCCAAACAUAGUGUUUUCGGAAAAGAAUGAUGUGUACGAAAGAAUUUGAUUAUCUAAAUGAGGCCAACCAAGCUACACGUUUUCAAAAUGUGUGGCUUCCAGGACGAUAUACUGAUUGCAAUCACAUGAAAAGAAAACAAGAGGAAGUGAACGGAGAAGAAAAUUCCACUUGGCGGAGUUCUUCGUCAUUUCAAUGAUGUGGAUGAACUGGUGGCGAGCUUGAGGGGAUGGCGCGACGGAAUUCGUCGUGACAUAGAAUGGAGCAGAAGAUUCAUAGAUCGUCUGCGACACGCACGCGGCGAUCUCCUCAACAAAACGCGUCAGGAGAAUAGAGAAUUACGCAAAAUAAUUCUCAAUCUCGAGGCCCUGGAUGAGAUUGAAGGACUCAUUAGAGUAUGGACAGAAUAAAUGCUUCUGGUCUCCUUGCCAUUCAAGUCACCAUUCAAGUGCCACCAUGUCUGGUCUCCUCGCCAUUCAAGUUAUAAAUUACAAUUUCCAAUUUUUUCUGAA